UCAAGCCGGAAGUUGUUGGUAUCCAUCAAAUAUUUCAUACGUAGCUUACUCACUGAAUUGAUGAUUUAUCGCCCAUCUAAUUGGGGUGCAUUUAUAACUAAUGCCUUCCCCAAAAAGUCAUAAAUGAAGAAAUUGGUGCCUCACAAGACCUAAUACUAGUAACGACGUUAUUCCCGCCGGCGGGUUGCCAUGGCUACUAGGAUGAAGUUAAAACUGAAGACUGUGUUUGUCCUCUACUUCAUGGUCUCACUUAUGGGACUCAUCUACGCUCUCAUGCAGCUUGGCCAGCGCUGUGACUGUGCAGAGCAUGACAUGCCCAAGGACCGUACUAUCUCUCGUCUGCGGGGGGAACUGCAUCGGCUGCAGGAGCAGAUGAGGAAGGCUGAGCCCACCAAACUCCCCCAGAAACUAGCAGUGAAACCGGCCCAACCCACCAUCUACGUCAUCACACCAACCUACACCAGGUUUGUCCAGAAAGCAGAGUUAACCCGGCUUGCCCAGACGUUCCUCCAUGUCCCUCAGCUCCACUGGAUCGUGGUGGAAGACUCUCCCCAUAAAACCCCUCUGGUCUCUGGGUUCCUGGCCUCCAGCGGCCUGGCCUACACACACCUCCACACCCCCACACCACGCGACCGCAAACUACAGGAGGGUGACCCUAGCUGGUUGAAACCCCGCGGGGCGGAGCAGAGGAACGAGGGGCUGCGGUGGCUGAGAGAGGACAGGAGGGGGCAGCCUGGAGCAGACACACAGCUGGGGGUGGUCUACUUCGCUGACGAUGACAACACAUACAGCCUACAGCUAUUUGAGGAGAUGCGUGGUACCCAGCGUGUGUCUGUGUGGCCAGUCGGCCUGGUGGGAGGGAUGAGAUAUGAGAGACCUGUGGUCGAGGGCGGGAAGGUUGUACGCUUCCAUACUGGCUGGCGCCCCAGCCGCCCCUUCCCAUUGGACAUGGCUGGCUUCGCCGUGUCGCUCAAGCUGGUGAUAGCCAAUCAGGACGCAUGUUUCGACGGCGACGCACCGAUGGGGUUCUUGGAAAGCAGCUUCCUGCAGGGAUUGGUUACCAUGGACGAACUGGAACCUAAGGCGGAGAAUUGUACUAAGGUGUUGGUGUGGCACACGAGGACAGAGAAGCCCAAGAUGAAGCGAGAGGAAGCGCUUCAGAAACAAGGCCUGGGUUCUGAUACUGCUGUAGAGGUGUGAGGACAACACACACACACACACCUACAACUACACACACACACAGACUACACACACCUACAACUACACACACACACUACAUCUGCUUUAAAACUUUCCAUGCGUCUGAAAAGGCUCCCUGUAUAGUGCAAUACUUUUGUCCAGAGCCCUAUGGGUCUCUAGCUGUAAGGGUUCACUUAAUGGGGUCUCUAGCUGUAAGGGUUCACUUAAUGGAUCUCUAGCUGUAAGGGUUCACUUAAUGGGGUCUCUAGCUGUAAGGGUUUACUUAAUGGAUCUCUAGCUGUAAGGGUUCACUCAAUGGGUCUCUAGCUGUAAGGGUUCACUUAAUGGGUCUCUAGCUGUAAGGGUUCACUUAAUGGGUCUCUAGCUGUAAGGGUUCACUUAAUGGGUCUCUAGCUGUAAGGGUUCACUUAAUGGGUCUCUAGCUGUAAGGGUUCACUUAAUGGGUCUCUAUCUGUAAGGGUUCACUCAAUGGGUCUCUAGCUGUAAGGGUUCACUCAAUGGGUCUCUAGCUGUAAGGGUUCACUUAAUGGGUCUCUAGCUGUAAAGGUUCACUUAAUGGGUCUCUAGCUGUAAGGGUUCACUUAAUGGGUCUCUAGCUGUAAGGGUUCACUUAAUGGGUCUCUAGCUGUAAGGGUUCACUUAAUGGGUCUCUAGCUGUAAGGGUUCACUUAAUGGGUCUCUAGCUGUAAGGGUUCACUUAAUGGGUCACUAGCUGUAAGGGUUCACUUAAUGGGUCACUAGCUGUGAGGGUUCACUUAAUGGGUCUCUAGCUGUGAGGGUUCACUUAAUGGGUCUCGAGCUGUGAGGGUUCACUUAAUGGGUCUCGAGCUGUAAGGGUUCACUUAAUGGGGUCUCUAGCUGUAAAGGUUAACUUAAGGAUUGGCCCCUUUUUUUCAAUUUUCGCCUAAAAUGACAUACCCAAAUCUAACUGCCUGUAGCUCAGGCCCUGAAGCAAGGAUAUGCAUUUUCUUGGUACCAUUUGAAAGGAAACACUUUGAAGUUUGUAGGAAUGUUAAAUGAAUGUAGGAGAAUACAACACAUUAGAUCUGAUAAAGAAAAUACAAAGAAGAAACUUUUUUUUUUUGUACCAUCUUUGAAAUGCAAGAUAAAGGCCAUAAUAUAUUAUUCCAGCACGGGUGCAGUUUAGAUAUUGGCCACUAGAUGACAGCAGUGUAUGUGCAAAGUUUAAGUCUGAUUGCAUUUCUGUUCAAAAUUUUGUAUCAAGACUGCCCAAAUGUGCCUAAUUUGUUUAUUAAUGACUUUUGAUGUUCAAAACUGUGCACUCUCAAAACAAUAGCAUUAUAUUAUUUCACUGUAAUAGCUACUGUAAAUUGGACAGUGCAGUUGGAUAAACAAGAAUUUAAGCUUUCUGCCAAUAUCAGACAUGUCUAUGUCCUGGGAAAUGUUCUUGUUACAUUAGACCUCAUGCUAAUCACAUUAGCCUACGUUAGCUCAACUGUCCCACAGGGGAUCGGUCUCUCGAGCUGUAAGCCCCCCCCCACGUUUAGGAUUUUGCCCUAGCAGUACGCAGCUGUUUUUAAAUAACCAACUCAUCACUAAGCUUUGGUUAUUUGAGUCAGCUGUGUAGAUGUUAAGGCAAGAACCAAAAGGUGUACCCAGGGUAGGGGGGUUGGGAACCCUGUUCCAGCUAGCUGUACUAUGCUGACGCUGUAUAUGGAACUAACAAGAUAUUCUUAGUGGUACCCUAUCCUGUAGCAUUUAGGAGGCUGACAUAAUGUACAUAAUGUAAGAUAUUAUCUGAAGACUGUUUUUAAGACCAGUCAACCUAUUUAAAUUUGUCGUAACUGUGAAUGUGUUUUGUUUGUGUAUGUAGUUCCAGUCAAAAGUUUGGACACACCUACUCAUUCAAGGUUUCUAAUUUAUUUGUAUUUAUUUUAUUUUUUUACAGUUUUCUACGUUGUAGAAUAAUAGUGAAGACAUCAAAACUACGAAAUAACACAUAUGGAAUCAUAUCGUAAGCCCAAAAAAUGUAAUAAUUCUAAAUAUAUUUUAGCCACCCUUUGCCUUGAUGACGACAGCUUUGCACACUCUUGGCAUUCUCUCAACCAGCUUCAUGAUGUAGUCACCUGGAAUGCAUUUCAUUUAACAGGUGUGUCUUGUUAAAAGUUAACCUGUGGAAUUUCUUUCCUUUAAAAUGUUUGAGCCAGUCUGUUGUGUUGUGAGAAGGUAGGGGUGGUAUACAGCAGAUGGCCCUAUUUGGUAAAAGUCCAAGUCCGUAUUAUGGCAAGAACAGCUCAAAUAAGCAAAGAGUAAUGACAGUCAAUCAUUCUUUUUUUAAGACAUGAAGGUCAGUCAAUCUGGAAAAUGUCAGUAACUUUGAAGGUUUUUUUGAUUCACGCAGCCAAAAGAAAUGCUUCAGAGUUCAAGUAACAGACACAUUAACUGUUCAGAGGAGACUGCGUGAAUCAGGCCUUCAUGGUCAAAUUGCUGCAAAGAAACCUCUACUAAAGGACACUAAUAAGAAGGAGAAACAUGAGCAAUGGACAUUAGACCAGUGGAAAUCUAUCCUUUGGUCUGCGUCCAAAUUUGAGAUUUUUGGUUCCAACCGCCAUGUCUUUGUGAGACGCGGAGUAGGUGAACGGAUCUCUGCAUGUGUGGUUCCCACCAUGAAGCUUGGAGGAGGAUGUGUUGAGGUGUUGGGGACAAUUUUCUGGUGACACGGUCAGUGAUUUAUUUAGAAUUCAAGGCACACUUAACCAGCAUGGCUACCCCACAGCAUUCUGCAGCGAUAUGCCAUCCCAUCUGGUUUGCGCUUAGUGGGACUAUCGUUUGUUUUUCAACAGGACAAUGACCCAACACACCUCCAGGCUUUGUAAGGGCUAUUUUUACCAAGAAAGAGAGUGAUUGAGUGCUGCAUCAGAUGACCUAACCUCCACAAUAACCCGCCCUCAACCCAAUUGAGUUGAGUUGGACGGACUGCAGAGUGAAGGAAAAGCAGCAUGUGUGGGAACUCCUUCAAGACUGUUGGAAAACCCUUCCAGGUGAAACUGGUUGAGAGAAUUCCAAGAGCGUGCAAAGCUGUCAAAGGCAAAGGGCGGUUACUUUGAAGAAUCUCAAAUAUAUAAUAUUUUGAUUUGUUUAACACUUUUUUUGGUUACUACAUGAUUCCAUAUGUAUUAUUUAAUAGUUUUGAUGUCUUCACUAUUAUUCUACAAUGUAGAAAAUAGUAAAAGUAAAGAACAACCCUUGAAUGAGUAAGUGUGUCCAAGCUUUGACUAGUACUGUGUGUGUGUGUGUGUGUGUGUGUGUGUGUGUGAGUACUAGGGUAGCAGAAUUCUGGGAACUUUCCCCAGGUUUUCUAGAGUCCCAGUUGGAAGAUAACCUAGCACGAGUCGAGAACAAGCAUGAAAUCUGGAAUCUUCCAACCAGGAUUUUCUGGAAAACCGUAGUUUAGCCACCAUGUGUGUAUUAAGAGUACUUGACAGUAGAUAAUGAUACUAAGUGGUUGAGUGUACUGUGCUGCCUGUUGAAUCUGUCUGUAAGAACGUUAUUAAGUGCAGCCCAAAUGGCGUCCUAGUCCCGUUUUUAUAGUGCACUACUUUUGACUAUGGUCUAUAGGGCUCUCCAAAGUAGUGCACUAUAUACAAUAUAUAGGUUGUCAUUUGGGAAACAUUCUCAGUAUUAUGUGGCUGUUGUCUUAAUUGUCCCUGCCUUGAAAAUAAAUACAUUAUUUAAUCAGGAAA